GCCGCACGCAUCGCGACGCUCACACGUCCUCCGGCAUUCCUUGUGAGGCUGACUGUGAGCCCCGUGCUGAAGCCGCGAGGAGAAAACACCAAAAUAUUCUCCAAUGAAAUCGGAAAUGACAGACGACCUGGACGUGGAUGCGAUGUUGGAAGCUCCUUUUAAAAAGGAGGACGGAGGCAGUUCGUCGGCGGACUCCAAACCCAAGGAAAAUGGUCACACAUCCUCAAAAGACAAGCUCUAGGAGCAAGUCUCGCGACAGGAGGAAGAAAACGCGCAGCAAAUCCAGAGACAGAGAUAGAAAGAAGUCGCGUUCCCGGUCUCGAGACAAGGACCGGAGGAAGAGGUCUCGAUCAAGAUCAAAAGACCGUAAACGGAGAUCCCGCUCCCGCCGCCGCAGCAAAAGUCGCAGCAGAGACAGGCGCCGCAGUAGGAGUCGCAGCAGGGAGCGCCGCCGCAGUAGGAGUCGUAGUCGAGAGCGCCGGAGGAGAAGCCGCAGUAGAGACAGGAGGAGGAGCCGCAGUAGAGAGCGUAGACGUUCACGCUCCAGGAGUAAAACGCCAAAACUGGAGCUUUCUGUAGAGGAGAGAGAUGCACGUACUGUGUUCUGCAUGCAGCUUUCCUCGAGGAUCCGGUCGCGGGACUUAGAGGACUUCUUCUCCGUCGUGGGCAAAGUGAAUGAUGUUCGCAUCAUAACAGAUGCAAAAACCCGUAGAUCAAAGGGUAUUGCUUAUGUUGAGUUUGUGGAUGUAGAAUCGGUCCCUCUGGCUCUUGGUUUGUCAGGUCAGAAGAUCUUAGGCGUUCCAAUAGUAUGUCAGCCAACACAGGCAGAGAAGAACCGUGCUGCCAACACAGCGGCAGUGCAAGACCAGAAGGCGGCAACAGGUCCCAUGAGACUUUAUGUUGGCUCGCUGCACUUUAACAUCACAGAGGACAUGCUUAGGGGUAUUUUUGAACCGUUUGGGAAAAUUGAUCACAUCCAGUUGAUAAUGGACUCUGAGACUGGAAGAUCAAAAGGAUAUGGCUUUAUCACAUUCCACAAUUCUGAUGAUGCCAAGAAAGCCUUAGAGCAACUGAAUGGAUUUGAGCUAGCAGGCCGACCCAUGAAAGUCAAUCAUGUGACUGAAAGGUCCGAGACGCAGCAAGGGACUUCACUCCUAGAUUCUGAUGAGAUGGAGAGGGCUGGUAUUGAUUUAGGUGCAACAGGCCGCUUGCAGCUAAUGGCAAAGUUGGCUGAAGGUACAGGCUUGCAACUGCCAGCUGCUGCUGCUAAUGCCUUACACAUGCCAGCACAACCACAGCAGCAGCCAGCACCACCUAUUGCAACACAGUGCUUCCUCCUGUCAAAUAUGUUUGAUCCAUCCACAGAAACAAACCCCAACUGGGCAGAUGAAAUAAGAGAUGAUGUUUUAGAAGAGUGCAAUAAGCAUGGAGGAGUCUUACAUGUGUUUGUGGACAGACAGUCAGCACAGGGGAAUGUCUAUGUUAAGUGCCCCACAAUUGCAACAGCUGCAGCAUCUGUUAAUGCACUCCAUGGGAGAUGGUUUGCAGGCAAGAUGAUCACAGCAGCCUAUGUACCUGUUAUGAGCUAUCACUCCCUCUUCCCUGAGGCAAUGAAUGCCACACAGCUUAUAUACCCUCGAUGAGGUACCUGAUCAUUAUAUGAAGACACAAAAGGUAACUGCUGAUGACACAAGUGGCAGAAGGAAACAUCUGUUCAUACAGUUUUCAGCUAGACAAGGAAUAUGUAUUUGUUUGCAAUGCAAAUUAUGAUACGUUGAGUUUCACCUUCACUUUUUUAUUUAGAAUUUGUUAUUUUUUUUUAAGCACCCCUCUUCCUUUUUUUAAGUGUUCAUUUCCUUAAAUUUUAGACUUCUUGAUAUCCAGAUCCAUUUUUGUUGACAUAUAUGGAUAUGUGAAGUUUACUGAUACAGUCACACGUGUAUAUUUGAUACCGAUGAUGUGUUUUGGUGGCGAGUUUCAGAAGUGUGCAUGAAUGGUUCUCCAGCAAGGUAACCAUUUCUCACCUUUUGGGUCUGAUGGAAUAAAGAAUAGUAUGUUGAGCAUAACCUUCAUGUACGGCGUUUGUGAUAGUGGACUUUCAGAUAGUUGAUCGUUUUUUUCUUCUUUUUUUCACGAAAUAUGUUGGAUGAGGUCUUUUUCUUCCUUGCAGCCAGUAUUUUGUUUUAAGACUUAGGUAUCCUGUAUAGAUAUAUCAAUUUGUAAAAUUGAUUAGGCUUUUCAGGUUCAUUGUGAUUUCUUUGAUUUUGUAAAGAUAUUUGACUCCUGAAAACUGAAACGAUGACCCAUUCCUUUUUACUCUAGAAGAGAUCCUGGGACUCCUCCUCGAACCUUGCGAUUGCAGGGCAGGAGAAAUCUUUGUAGAAAAUACCUUGAGGUGGUUAUUCAGAUUGUGAGACCUGUCAUUAACUGUGCUAUAAAUAUUACAGAUCAUUAGUCAGAAUGUUGAAGGAUUUGAUUGUAUAAUAUUUUUUCAAGCAAAAUAUAUCCUGUGGAUUGAUGGGAGAUUUGAUUGUGAUUGGGCUUAAUACACAUUUGGUGUGAAUGAUGUGACCUUGUGAGGAGUGUAAAUAUAUGUAUAAAUGGGUACAUGUGGAUCCCUGCACUCCAUUCAUUUUGUGCUUGUAUAAAUAAACAUUCAUAACCAGAC